AAUCGAUGGCAUUCGUUUCUUCCUUUUCAUGUCGGUGCUCGAAAAAACGAAACAACUUCGUUCAGUUUUCAUUUGUGUGUGUGGCUUUGGCAACGUAACAGAGCAAGACAAAGAGUGGUCGUAUAGAGAAAAUAUUCACUGUAGUUUUGGAUUCCGAGACAGAGUUUCUUCUGCAGCAGAAAGGAAGAAAAUAAAUACAAAAUUUCAAUCUCUAGUUAUUUCGUUCAUGUUUAUUAUUUGCGGAAAAACAACCGUGUUGAGUUUUACAAACUUUUCACUCUAACUUGUUUUGUUUAUAGUUUGUUAUUGUUUUGAAAACAAACAAGAGAUAUCCCCAAAAACAACACUUGGAAAGAUGUGAACUAAAGUAAUUUUGGUGAAAGAAACAAUUUUUAAAUGAAUUGUGCGUGCAAAAUGUCGCAAGUGAUGAAUCAAUUGAUGUGAACACAUCCAACGCCUUGAUAUUUUUUAUAUAAUUACGUGAUAUAUGUACGCUUUUGUACAAUAGAAAAGAAAAAGGUUGCAAGAAGCGUUUAACUCCAAUUUUACAACCAGCCUAGCAACCAAUUACCCACCAGAGCACACUUCACUUCCAUUUACACACGCACACACUCACCCACCCACACGCUGCUCCUGAAAUGAUGGAACGUAAAAAAGUUUUAGAUUUGGACAAAAUCUGUCGUGUGUGCAUUUGUGAACGCAAGGAUAUGCGUCCGCUGUUCAGCGAAAAGGUGGCCGAAAUGUUAAUGGAAUGCGCCAGUGUUAGUGUGGAGCCGACCGAGGGUUGGCCCGACAAGAUAUGUGUACAAUGUGUCCAUGCUGUGUCGCGAUGUCAUUCAUUUAAAAUGCAAGUGGAACGAAGUGACAAAGAGCUAAGGGAAUACAUUAAAUCCAUUACGGUUAGGGUAAUGGUUGAUGAAAAGCCACCAAUAGAAAGUCCGACAAUUAUAAGGGUACAACAACAACAACCACAGCAGCAGCAGCAGGCAGCGCUACAACAGCAACAACAACAGUUACAACAUUUGCAGCAGCAGCAAACCACCACAACGACAACCAGAGUAGUUUUGGAUGAGGUACAGGGAUUGAAACUGCAACAGAGUCAGGCCAAAUUAAUUGAAUUGCAGCAACAACAAAAGAUUUUGCUGCAACAGCAACAGGAGCAGCAGCUAUUGAAGUUGCAGCAGCAACAACAGCAGAAAAUCUUGCAAAAACAAUUGAAGCAACAGCAGCAACAACAACAGCAGAAUUUGGUUCUGCAACAAAAACAAGCGCAGCAACAACAGCUUCAGCAGCAGCAAGAAGAGGAGAAGAAAACUUCGACUCCACAACAAUCUCUGCUCAUACAUAACCAACAUCGUCCCCAAGCCCAACCACCCCAGCAAUUACUGAUGCAAACAUCAACCACCACCACCGCCGCCGCCGUCAAGAGGAAAUCCUCUUCAUUGAAAAAGAUACAACCGGUCGCCAAGAAGUUUGCCAAAAUAACCCAACAACAGCACACCAUCACCACACCUGCUCUCCAAACACAACAGCAGCAACAACAACAGCAGCAGCAGCAACAAAUACAACAUUUAUUACCCCAAACCACAUUGAAUUUAAGCGAUGGCAGCACCACAACCCUGACAUUGCAACAGACCAACAACAACAACACCCAUCAACGUUUGGCAACAAACACCCAAACCUUGCUCAGUACCCACCCACCCCAAUUACUGCCCAUAUCGUCCAACACAAACCACCUAACAACAAGCACACAAUCCACCACUACCCUGCCUCAACAAAUUGUCUUUCCAAAUGGUCAGAUAAUCACCACCACCCAGCUAUUGACCACAAAUGGUAAUACCAUUGGUGGGAGUGCGGGUGGUGGUGGCCCACCACAAUUGGCCCAAAUCAUUGGCGGUAAUGGCAAUGUAUCAACAAAUAAUUUGAUACACACCGCCGCCGCCAGUGCCCCCCAGCUUCAACAACCACAAUUUGCUCCUGCCCAAUUGAUACAAACGACCAGUGGCCAAACUUUGCAGUUAAUCCAACAACCAAAUGGUCAACAAAUAUUGCAAUUAGUACAAAUUGUACCCCAACGGACGCUGACAGCGGGCGGAGGAGGCACCCACACCUUGAGUAAUGGCCAACAUGCUACAGCAAUUCUGGAAGAUGAUCAUUUGACCAUUAUGGAUGAGGAAACCCUGAUGGAACAAACGGAACAGCAUUUAAUUGAUGAUGAAGGCGAUCAGGAGGGCGACGACUUGGAUGGUGGCGGUCACAUGGAUGAUUCACAUCACCACAAUGGGAACCACAACAACAACAACAAUGUCAUGCAGCAACACAAUGAACGUGAUCAGAUUUGCGAGACAAUUGUCGUCGAUGAUGAUCAACAGUUGCAGAUCCAUCAUCACCAGCAACAUCAUCAUCAGCUGUUGCAACAAAAUGUUGAAUUGGAAUAUUUGGAAGAUGUGACGGUGACAACAUCGCAGCAACAACAAAACCAUCACCACCACCAACAAGGCUUGAUUUUGCCCGAUGUCACCGUGGUCCAAGAAGUCAUUGACGAUGAGGAAGAUGAACUGGAGGACGAUGAUGAUAUCAUUGAGGAAAUUCACAUGGAAGAAGAAAUCUUACAGGACGAAGAUGCCGACGGGACAGUCUUGUUGGAAACAUCCAAUGGUUCUGAGUUUAUUUCCACUGAACAAGAUAUCGAGGAUCAUCACCAUCAGAUGUUGGAGGACGAUGAUGAAAAUGUUUACACCGAAGAUAAUUCCUUGGCCCAUUACACAGUGGUGGAGGGCGGUUGCAUUGAUGAUGUCGAUGAUGUUGAGGUCAAUGCGGUCUUCCAGGCAGCCUGUGAUGCCAAUGAAUCCGAAAUGCAGCAGCAACAACAACAAGAAUUGCAGGAACAGCAACAACAACAACAGCAGCAACAGUUUAACAAUGAUAAGCUCAACAACAGCUCCCUGGAAUGCUCAUCUCCGAAUGCGACAAAAACCAAGCCACGAAGAAUUGCCGCCAACAACAACAACAGCAAUCGCUCCUUGGCCAAUUCUCGCCAACUGCAGGCCACAGCCUGCUCCAUUGCCCAGGCAGCCGGUCAGGAUGAUGAUUUUGAAAUCGAUUCCAAACUCAUAGCAGAAUUUAUAAAUCAACAGACCACGGUUCUAUCGACGGGACGUUACAAGUGCAAUUUAUGUCAAAAAGAAUUCAAGCAAUUCAAAGGCUUGCAGAAUCACAUGCAUCAACAUUCGAAUUGGAUAAGGGCCAAUUGCAAGAAACAACCUCAGUGUGAGAUUUGCCACAAAAGCUUCCGGGGUCCAGGCAUGCUGCGCAUGCACAUGAAGACACAUCAAUCUGCCAGCAAGGUACCCACCUGCCACAUUUGUAAUAAGGCCUUCAAGUCCAAGGCCAUACUCUAUCGCCACAGGCAAACACAUCAACAGCGUUCGUAUUGCUGUGCGGUGGAGAAUUGUCGUAAACAUUUCUCCACCGCCCUGACCCUCAAAUCUCACAUUGAACGCAAACAUGCCAAUUGUCCAAAUAUGCCGCGUUACAAGUGUGGCGAGUGUAACAGUGUGUUCUAUGACAUUGAAAGUCUGGAGGAUCAUUUCCAAUUGACCGGCCAUGGUGGCGGCGGUGGUGGGGCGGGUAAUGAAAAUCAAAGUCAAAAUUCCGCUAUAAGUAUACAAACCGUACAAAAUGGUAACAACAACAAUAAUAAUCACGACUCUUCGUCAUCUUCGACAAUAUCGGCGGUGAGCAUGACCGAAGUUGUCAGCAGUAAUGGUGAUGUGUAUAUAGUUACGCAGGCGUAGUUUUAAAUUAUCCUAAACACACACACACACACACACACACAUUUGGUUACAUGUUUUUUUAUUGCAAAUGGAACUUUUUCUAAAAAAGUUUCCAAAACAAAAAUACGAUUUUUUGAAAUUACAAAAGAAAAACCAUUUUGUAAUCACUUAGGAAAAAGAAGGUAUUCAUAGGUUAUAGUAGUUAAGCUGUAUUUUUUUUUUUUAGAGAAAAGAAUGUAUAAGUAAUGUAAAUAUGUUUAACAGUCGUUUUUUCGGGCAAUAAAUUUAAAUAUAAAUUUUACUUUUUACAAAAAAAGAAACGUA